AUGACCCUGUCAAAUAGAUUCUUUAUCUAAAGUUAUGAUAGGUUAUAGAAUAAGAUGCUGACUAGUUCAUUUCGAGUCAAGUUGGGAACGAUACACUACAACAACUGUGUUGUUGUAUUCUCGCAGGGAUCAACUUAUAGUGACUGACUAUAUCUAAGAUUCCUUUGAGUGGAUCUUAUUAAGGCAAACCAGUGGCAUUGGUAUAACUGGGCCUUAAGUUUCUUUUAGUCUAUUUGCAGGCCUUGAAAUCGAUCCCCAAAUACUUCUGAGAAUGGCCUGAAAGUGCACAAGAAAAACACUUCACCUAUGUGCUGUCGCUGUGCUGAGUAGAUAACUUCAUUUUCUGUUCACUAGUCUGUAACAGAUGUACUGUCAGUCUCAUUUUGAUCUUAGCCUUUGGAGGUGUGCUUACACUUAUACAGGGGUUGUCCUUAACCUUUGUCUUUCCAUGAAUCGCCUUUCCUCGUCAUGCUUUGCAGCCUGAAUCAGAUCACUCACGUUUGUAGUUUAUUUCAUCCGUGUGGCCAUGAAGUGCAUCCCUUGAAAAGCACAAUUUGAAUACGAAUUGAUCUGCAAGCUGCUUGGGUCAAAAGAUGAAUCAAAGAGAGAAAAAAGGGGUUCAAAAGGAACAAAAGACAGAAUGGAAAUGGUGGAAUUGCUUUCUGCGGGUGGCUGUCCUCUGUGGGUAGGUUCUGCAUGCGUUUCAGAAAAGGGGACACGGAGGUAAACUGAUGGUAAAGUCAUGCUUGUGCCUGGCUGUUGAACAGGGCUUCCAAGGUCAGGCUGUUGAGGUGAAGGUUAAAGGUGAAAGACUCUUGCUGAGAGGAAAGUUAAGGAGUAUGUAGGAUAUACCGUGUGGGGAUUUGAGGAUGGUCCUACAGUCAGACCUGUUUAUCAGUGUUAGAUGUGGCACAACUUACUGAAUACAGAUUGCAUAACAAGCUUCGUCAUUUUUCUGAGGUCUUGCCUACGUAGCUGUUUUUAUUGUUUUCUCUAUUUUCACCUGUCCAGCCGUCUCUUCAGCUGGGGACCCAAGUCUCUAGAACCCAAAUGCCAUCCAGUAGGAUGCUUGCUAGUUACAGUAUCACCUGUCUGGGCGAAAUGUCACAUCUUUAGUGUAGUUUUCUAGAUUUGUCUCGUUGCAAUAAAAAUCUGGUUGCUGGCAAAACUGCAGCUUUCCUAGAGAUAUUCAGGUCGUAAGAGUAGAAUCCUGUAUUCCAACCGCUACUGCUUUACUGUGGGCCCGUCGUCUUGACCAGAGCUCUAAAAGUCGAUUGAAAUCUCUCACGUUAUUCCAAGCUGCAGUGUUUCUAUUUUCUCCUGCUCUAGACUUUCCUUCACUGGUGUUAACGAGCACUGGAGUUCGAGCACGUGUUUUCUCUAAGGAGAAUAUCGUCCUGUUCUGAAGUUACGUGCCUUUGUUGCUCUAGAGAUGGCUGGAGAGGUUUGAGAACAGAGUGAAUGAGUGGCAUCACCUAUAUUAUCCUGUGUAUCUGCAUUCACUGUAAUGUAACCUAAUGGAAUUUAUCCCCCCAACUGUAGAGCAGCUGUGUACCUUAUUCCCCUCAGAUGAAGGCCUGACUAUUGACCUGAAGAAUUUCCGGAAACCUGGUGAAAAGACCUUCACCCAAAGAAGCCGCCUAUUUGUGGGGAAUCUGCCCCCAGAUAUUACGGAGGAAGAGAUGAGAAAGUUAUUUGAGAAGUAUGGGAAGGCAGGUGAAGUCUUCAUACACAAGGACAAAGGCUUUGGCUUUAUCAGGCUGGAAACUCGCACUCUGGCAGAGAUUGCAAAGGUGGAACUAGACAACAUGCCUCUACGUGGGAAACAGCUAAGAGUGCGUUUUGCAUGCCACAGCGCAUCGCUGACAGUCAGGAACCUGCCUCAGUUUGUGUCCAAUGAGCUCCUGGAGGAAGCCUUCUCUGUGUUUGGCCAGGUGGAAAGGGCUGUGGUUAUUGUGGAUGACAGAGGACGAUCCUCUGGGAAAGGCAUUGUGGAGUUCUCAGGGAAGCCUGCUGCUAGGAAAGCCCUGGAUAGAUGUAGUGAUGGGUCUUUCCUGCUAACUACGUUCCCUCGGCCUGUCACUGUGGAGCCCAUGGAUCAGUAUGAUGAUGAAGAGGGACUACCAGAGAAACUGGUCAUCAAAAACCAGCAGUAUCACAAGGAGCGAGAGCAACCUCCUCGAUUUGCACAGCCUGGCAGCUUUGAGUAUGAGUAUGCUAUGCGCUGGAAGGCUCUAAUAGAAAUGGAGAAGCAACAGCAAGAACAGGUAGACCGCAACAUCAAGGAAGCUCGAGAGAAGCUGGAAAUGGAGAUGGAAGCAGCUCGCCAUGAGCACCAAGUUAUGCUCAUGCGGCAAGACUUAAUGAGACGCCAGGAAGAACUGAGGAGAAUGGAGGAAUUGCAUAACCAAGAAGUACAAAAACGUAAACAAUUGGAACUCAGGCAAGAGGAGGAACGCAGGCGCCGUGAGGAGGAAAUGAGAAGGCAACAAGAAGAGAUGAUGAGACGCCAGCAAGAAGGCUUUAAAGGGAAUUUUGCUGAUGCGAGGGAGCCACCAGAUAUGCGAAUGGGGCAGAUGGGUAUGGGAGGUACCAUUGGCAUGAACAAUAGGGGAGCUAUGGGUGGUACCAACGUCCCAGCUGCUGCACCUCCUGCAGCUGGUCCUGGAGCUAUGAUACCUGAUGGAGCCAUGGGAAUGACUCCACCUCCGCCUGCGGAUCGUUUUGGCCAGGGCAGCGCAAUGGAAGGACUCGGAGCUAUGGGAGGGAACCCACCUGCCUUCAACAGAGGAAAUCCAGGGGGUGACUUUGGCCCUAAUAAGCGUCGCAGAUACUAACAGGAUUAAACUACCCCCUGCACACGCCCCAAAGAGGAAAGGAAUCUCAGCAGGCCAUACAGGGUUUCUACUCAGGGGGUGAUAUUCAAAAUAGUUCAUUAGGGCCUGCUUUGGUAAAGCCACUCUAGGACAAGGGGAGUGCAGUCUGACUGGUAAAAGGUUUUAGAAAAUUUCAUGUGGUGCAUUCCUAUAAUUUCAAUGUGAAAAAUGGAUUCUGAGAGGUUGCCAUGGUUGUUCAGUAACGGUAAGAUCUGGCAAGGACCUUAAUGCCUUGACCAUUCCGGGUUUCCUAUUUGCAGUCGGAGUCCUGAGACUAAACUAGAUACAAGCGGAGUAUGUCUUGGCAUUUUUUUUUUAGCGUAGUGAACCUUGCUUAAAGCACAGGCAAGUCUCUGAGGAACUAGGGCAGCAUCUGGGUACUUUGCAGUUCCCAUGACUCUGUAAAUUUAUAUAGCUCCAAAUGAUCCAUCAUGUAGUGAAUUGGGGAAAUUUUAUGUUCUUUUAUUUCUUUUCUUUCCUCUUAACCUGUAGUUAUUCUUUUUCUCUGGACCAUCUGUUUCUUUAAAGUAGUUGACCGUCAUGUGCAGCCUGAAUGGCUAGAAGGCUCUUGUUUGGAUGGAUUUUUUGAUAACGUGUUGUAUCGCUGUUUAUUUUUACUGGUAGUAAAGUACAAUCUAUUGGACAAAGAUACUGUAUCUCAUGCUGAAGAUUUAACUGAAACAAAUGUUUGUAUAAUCUUAACCUUGCCUGUCUUUUGUGUAGAAGUACUACAAGAUUUUUCAUUUAGUGUAAACUGUUUGAACACAAGCUGUAAUUGUCCCACUAACAAGUUUGAGUUUGUCUGAGGAAUGUUACAGGAAUGCAUUAUUAAAGUGGAUUUUAAGCCUUUUUUA